AGCGUAAAAAACUCACUGGUGCAGCACUCGCUGAAGCAUUUUUCUUCCGACAAAGAAUACGCAGGCUCUCUCAAGUCAUAUUAUAGGUCUGUCUACCCUAUCCUCGCCCACCUUACUGGAGCACAACACCAUAAAGAUAAUGUAUGCAUCACUCAAAUUCGGAAACAUCUGUAACCAUACCUAUUCCUUUUGAAUAACAAAGAGGGAGACAUCGCGUUUAUUUUCUAGACCUAGUUCCGAUAUUUUUGUGUGUUUUGUUGAAAAUGAACAGUGGGAUUUCCGCAAUAUGUGCCAUGCUUCUGCUGCAACAUGUCAAAGGCAAAGCGAUGAAUGCGUGGCUGUUGCUAGCUCUUCUCGGAGUCUGUGUGGCGUCAUUUGGGCCCAGUACAAAGGAGGAUGAGGACUAUGAAGACGUCCCCAUAAAUAAGACCUGGGUUUUAUCGCCCAAGGUCUAUGAGAGCGAUGUCACCUUGAUCUUAAAUAGAUUGCUGCAGGGCUAUGACAACAAACUCCGACCUGACAUUGGAGUAAGGCCAACAGUGAUUGAGACAGCGGUGUAUGUCAACAGCAUCGGACCAGUCGAUCCUAUUAACAUGGAGUACACCAUAGACAUCUUCUUUGCCCAGACGUGGUAUGACAGUCGCCUUAAGUUCAACAGCUCCAUGAAAGUCCUGAUGCUCAACAGUAACAUGGUGGGAAAGAUCUGGAUUCCUGACACCUUCUUCCGGAAUUCUAGAAAGUCUGACGCCCACUGGAUCACCACUCCGAACCGUCUGCUGCGACUGUGGAACAACGGGAGAGUGAUGUACACGUUGAGGUUGACUAUUAAUGCGGAAUGCUACCUUAAGCUGCAUAACUUUCCUAUGGACGAGCACUCGUGUCCGCUGGAGUUUUCGAGCUAUGGCUAUCCUAAAAAUGAGAUUCUGUACCGUUGGCAAAAGCGUUCUGUGGAAGUGGCCGACCAAAGGUACUGGAGACUCUACCAGUUUGCGUUCGUCGGUUUACGAAACACAUCAGAUGUGGCGCAUACACAAUCAGGUGAAUAUGUCAUCUUGACAAUCUUUUUUGACCUGAGUCGGCGAAUGGGCUACUUCACUAUUCAGACGUACAUCCCCUGCAGCAUGAUUGUGGUGCUGUCAUGGGUCUCUUUCUGGAUCAAUAAAGAUGCUGUCCCUGCCAGGACCUCCUUAGGAAUCACCACGGUGCUUACCAUGACAACGCUGAGCACCAUCUCCAGGAAGUCGCUUCCCAAGGUAUCCUAUGUGACGGCCAUGGACCUGUUUGUGUCUGUCUGCUUCAUCUUCACGUUUGCUGCUCUGAUGGAAUAUGGGACUCUACACUACUUCACCAGCAAUAGGCAGAGCAAGAAGGAUACGGACAAAAAACCACAGAAAUCCAGCAGCUUGGUGAACAUUAGGCCAGGGACGUCACUGCUCCAGAUGAAUAACAUCGCCCCCUACCAAGACGAGGAUGAUUACGCCUACGAGUGUCUGGAUGGGAAGGACUGCACCAGCUUCUUCUGCUGCUUCGACGACUGUCGCUCCGGAGCAUGGCGCGAAAACCGGAUGCAUGUCCGAGUUUCAAAGAUCGAUUCCUACUCACGAAUAUUCUUCCCCACCGCCUUCGGCCUUUUCAACCUGGUCUACUGGAUCGGGUAUCUGUACUUAUAAACCUAGCCUAGCAAAGAGGAGCAAUAGCCUUUUACUUCAGAGAAAACAGGUCAAAAUAUUUGUUUACUCUCUUUACUUGCUAUUCUUGGCACUGUUGAGGAUAAGAUAAGAUAACAGCUCCCUAUGUUUGUAUCUGUACUAUUUUUCUAGGUGAUGGCUCACAGAUGAAGGCAGCAGGGUCAGAACAGGGCGAGACUCUGGGUCAUACCCACCAGCAAUUGCAUGAUGUUUGGUUCCUAACCUCUAUGGAUUUAAGGAAUUUUAUAAAACAGGUUGUUUGGAUGCUAGAUGCUAGUUGGUUGAUAGCAGGGAGUUAUUCAUCACAAUCCCUGGGAAAUGCAUGUUAAAAGUUUAAUUUGAAUUAUCAAUGCGCAUCCACUGUCCCACAGUCCAGCCAGGCAAUUUAUAAAAAUGUAUAAACUCCCCUGGGAAAAAGUAUGUAGACAUUUUUUCCUCAAGCUACUAGGCUAGCAUUUGGUUUGUAACAGUCAGGGUUUGUCUAGACUCUAAACCUUGCUGCCUGCCUCUCUGACCUGUGCAACAAUGUUGCAGUUUAUUUUGCGAUCUGCACCGUGCCAUAGAGAGAAUGAACGCGAUGAGAAUGACAGCUUCUCUGAGCUAGGCACAUUAAUUUAUUAGGAUCAUUGUUAUUGAUAUAUCAAAAUAAAUGGCAAAAGAAACAAAGGUAAAACAUAUGGAAAUUCAAAAAGUUUGCUGUCAUUUCAGCUGCUUGAUGUGAUUGUGUGUUAACUUUACAAGUAGCUAGACUGCAUGGCAACCUUUUUUUAGCUUAGAACAUUUGAAAUGGGCGACCAGCUCGUUUGUCUAGCAACUUCAUAAUCUCAGAACAGGCUAUUGCCUGGACUAUAUCCUCUGGUGGAAGGAUUCAAUAAAUCACAUUUACUAAUUCAAAUAAAGUUUUUAAUUAAAACGUAAUUUCUCUUUAACAUUUUUUAAAUAAAAGUAAUAAGGCCCUCGAACCUGGGAAUUAUCUUAAAUAACACCCUCCUGAUGGCUGUUCCCCGGCCCGCUGCUCCACGUUGGGCCUUAGAACAGCCCUUAGUCGAAAACUAUUCACACAAUAAUUCGCAUGCCUUAUUGCUUAAUUGAUACACAAAGGUUGUGUUUUACAACACCCUGGUUUUGUAACCUGUAACUUAUUCAAAAUUGUAAAAUCUAUUAGAAUAUAUAAAUAUACAUAAAAUAUAGUGUGCCUAUGCGGGAAAAAAUAAGUAGGCCUACAUUUCCCCCUUCAAUAAUUUUAUCUGACAAGUCAUGUUUUCUGUGCCACACUUUUAUUGUAAGCAAAAUUAAUACAGCAUUUCCACCAGAGAUGGAUUCAACACAAUUUAUUUCCAUACUUAUUGAGGCAGUUCAUCAUUUGAGGUUUGAAAUAAUCAUUAGGCAAUAUUGAGGCUUAGCUCCUGUAUUGACACAAAGUCAAUAAAGCAAGAAAUUGAUAGCAUGUAUUUUCGUAUUAUUAUAUUCUAAUAACACACAUUAUAUCUCCUUCUUGAUGUGAUUACCCCAAAUUGGCAGCUGUAAAUAGCCUUCAUCAUUAUCAUAUAUAAAAGCAGCAAAGAAAGCAAGACAAGAAAAUCUACUUUUCAUUUGGCUACAUUGAAACUAGAACAAAGCUUUCCAUCACUCCUCUUGGUUUAUAACCAGAGGUGGAUUGUGCUGCAAUUGUAUCAAAUUGAAUUAGCGAUGAAUACUUAAUAAAGACAUAUUAGACUAAUUUAAACCAUAUAUAUAUAUACACAACAUAGACUACCUGAAUAAUAUUCAUGCAGCUCCCAAAUCCUUGACUUAUUUUGUUUGACAAGGGCGCAGUACUUACACUUUAUAAAAUGUAGCUGUGGAUAUAAUCUUCUAAGCAUAUUUUAGCUGAAGCAAUGGCAGACAUUAAUAUCUUUACUAAUAACAGCGAGAAGGGUUACUACUUUUUUGAUAAAUAGAGCAAAACUCUUAUAGUGCUUUAUUCCACACCAAACCAAAGAAACUGUUGAUAAUGACUUUGUAGCAUAAGUGUGUUUAAUGUUACAUUCAAGAUCAACGUGAUUCACAGAACCUCGAUGUUUGGGCGAUACUUAAGAGAAAAAGUCAAGAAGAAUAAAUAACCAAGCCUGAAAUGGACCAUACAAAUUUGAUUAACAACGUAGUUUGUUGAUUAGUUUAUGAGUGUUUCUUUCAACACCACCAUUGUGAUUAUAUCCCAAUGUUAGGUGUAUUGUCGAGCUGAGAGACCAUGCAGGCUGAAAGUCCAGUGAUUAAUGAGGGAAAUAUAACUUUAGUUUUAAUUUGAGUUCAUUUACAUAUGCAAGGAUACCCCAUAGAGUUUGCCCACAUCCGGUCCAAUUACUAGAAAAAACAAUUAUUUAAUUUACUGUAAAGAUAAUAUAGGUGAGGCAAGUUGGUUAUAGUGUGUUGUCAUUACACGUAGUGAAGAUGGGAGUAGUUCCAUUACAAAGAAAUUACGCUUUUUAUGCUGACUCUUGUAGGAUUCUCUCUCAUUCAUUUAUCACAACUCCUUUGAAACUGCAGCUGUACUGUAUAGAAACAUGGUAAAAUUGAAAAUUCAGUCAAUGAAAGUCAACAAGAGGAGUAAAUUAUGGAGAUAAACCUUCUGAACCUCGUUUAUAGCCAUAAUAAUAGCGUUGAAUAUCUUUGAUAAUGUCAUACUCCUUGUUAUCCUCCAUUUUACAAAAUACAUUUGUAGAUAUGAUGCUUGCUGAACAUGUUAACUAAAAAGCUUUAAAUGUGAUAUGUGUUUACUUGUUUACUGAUGUGAAGAGAAAGUGAUUAUUACACUACAAGAAUGGAUUGCAUUUACAUAGUGCUUUUUCACCAGCUUUUAAGGCACUUUGUAUUGUAAUGUUGUAACUAAGCUCAUACACCACAAGUGAGGUGACGCACAGCAGCAAUAUUGUUCAGAGCACUGUAUCAAUAAGAAGUGAUUGCAGUGGAAAGGUGAGGAGAUUAGAUGAUUCCCCUCCUUUUGGGUCUCGAAAACGUAAUUUACCUCCCAGCUAUAACAUACUAUUGUUGCAUUGUCCUUAUUGUAUCUGAAAAUGUAAAAAUGUAUAUAUAUGCUAUAUUUUUUCCAUCAUGACAGCCUCAAAGACAUUAAUAUGUUAAUACUGUGUUCACAUCAUAUUGUUUGUGUUUGUUCUCUAUAACACUGACGGACAUGGAAAUCCAUUAUGUCAUUGAUGUUUUGUCAUUGACAUCCUCUCUGUAUACUGUUCAAACAUAGGCAUAUUUAAUCCUGUCUUUCACCUUUGUACAAUGCGCCAAUUCCUUCCAAAUGUUUCUGUGUUGUUAUGUGAAAACGAACUCAAUACACUGUGAGAGAAUAAAACAGUGCCUAAAAAAAAAACAUAAGAAUCUUCCUCUUGAAGUACAUUUCCUUCAAUAUUGGUUUUGGAAAUAAAAUUGAUCUGAAAUGCAUUCUGACUAAUGUGCAUGUACAGUGGUGUCAGAAAUUACUGACACCCUUGAGAUUUUGUUUAACAAGUUCUCAAAUUCUUGACACCCCUGUAGAUUCUUAGAAAUAAGUCAAAAGUAUAGUAUUUGGUCCCAUAUACUUAGUAUUUGGUCCCACUACAUCAAGCUUGUGACUCUACAAACUUGUUGGAUGCAUUUGCAGUUUGUUU